AUGCUUCUUUCUAUAUAUCUGUUAAAGCUUUUUUCUGAUUUUUUACACGAACUAUUUCUUUCUUUCUUUCUUUUUUCUCUUUCUUUCUUUCUUUCUUUUUUCUUUCUUUCUUUCAUUUUUUCUUUCUUUUUUUCUCUUUCUUUCUUUCUUUUUUCUUUCUUUCUUUCUUUUUUCCAUUCUAACUAUUUUUCUUUCUUCACAAAUUCUUUCUUUCUUCAUGAAUUCUUUUUUCGUCCUUUCUUUCUUUCUUUCUUUUUUCUCUUUCUUUCUUUCUUUUUUCUUUCUUUCUUUUUUCUUUCUUUCUUUUUUUCUUGUUUCUCUUUCUUUUUCUUUCUUUCUUUCUUUCUAUUUUCUUUCUUUCUUUCUUUUUUCCAUUCUUUUACCCUUUCUUUCUUUUUUGUUUCAAUUCUAUUCUAUUCUAUUCUAUUCUUUCUUUCUUUCUUUCUUUCUUUCUUUCUUUCCAAACUAAUUAUUUCUUUCCGAAAUAUUUCGUUCUUUAAGAACUAUUUUUCUUUCUUCACAAAUUCUUUCUUUCUUCAUGAAUUCUUUUUUCUUUCUUUCUUUCUUUCUUUCUUUCUUUUUUCUCUUUCUUUCUUUUUUCUUUCUUUCUUUCUUUUUUCUUUCUUUUUUUCUUGUUUCUCUUUCUUUCUUUCUUUCUAUUUUCUUUCUUUCUUUCUUUUUUCCAUUCUAACUAUUUUUUCUUUCUUCACAAAUUCUUUCUUUCUUCAUGAAUUCUUUUUUCGUUCUUUCUUCCUUUCUUUCUUUCUUUCUAUCUUUUUUUCUUCAUAA